CCAAUUAUUCCAAAGCUAUAUGUCAAAACCGGUUUACUAUAGAUUGCGGUCAACAAACAAAUAGUUGACCAACAACCUAGGGAUGUGAUAUCAUCCCUUUAAAAGGAGUCGCAUCUGCGUUACCAAGUUCCAUCAUCAACCUAACUACACACAAUACACCUCUUUAAAAAAAACUAAAAAGAGAAAUAAUUCAAGAAAACCAAAAAUGGAGAAUCUGAGGAGUGGUGAAGAAAACGAUUCUCAUUGGAUCCCAUUUAUGUUCUUUGAUCGAUCUUCAGUAACGAUUCCUCUCUUGAAGUGUCUCGGUCUCGAAAGUUCGUCAUCAUCAUCUUCUGAUUCCCUUUUGUCAUCUCACAGCGAGGAAGAAGACGAUAUGGAGAGAAAGGAAGACGAAGAAAAUGAUGAUACGACCGUUGAAAUCACAGAGCGGCGGUUGCAGAAGAGUAAGCCUAAGCCAAAGCCAAAGCCAAGCUCAGGAAAAGGAGGCAAAAUCAAUCAGGCUUCAUAUUGAUAAGCCUAUACGUAUACACUAUAGUAUGUAUAUACAAAACACACACAAAUACAGAAAUAAGUAAAUGAAAAUGUAUACAAAAUAAUACUUAUAUAAUCAUAUUUAUUUUGACCGUGUAUUGAAUAAUAAAAUCUAGUUUGAUAGUUUUGUUUGCUUACCGAUUAACAGAAGUGAAAUGGAGAAUCACUGAUCUAUCAUCGCUUA